AAAUCAAUAAUGUUUAAAAUUAUUAAUGUGAAAAGUAUGUACAAUUUUCCUACAAAAAAGUUAAGAUCAUUUAGUAAUUUCGUUAAAAUAGUUGAGGUUGGACCCCGAGAUGGAUUACAAAAUGAAAAAAAUAUUGUACCAACUGAAGUUAAAGUUAAAUUUAUUAAUAAACUAUCAGAAAGUGGACUAAAAACUAUUGAAGUUACCAGUUUUGUAUCUCCAAAAUGGAUUCCACAGCUGGCUGACAAUUCACAAGUAUUUAAAAAAAUUAACAAAGUAUCAGACAUUUCUUAUCCAGUAUUGGUGCCAAAUAUAAAAGGCUUAGAAAAUGCUUUACAAGUAGGUGUAAAAGAAAUAGCUAUCUUUGGAGCAGCAUCCGAAACUUUCUCACAAAAAAACACAAAUUGUUCUAUUAGUGAUGGCAUGAAGAAAGCUAAAGCAGUUAUUAAGGAAGCAUUGAAAAAUAAUAUUAAAGUCAGAGGAUAUAUAUCAUGUAUUAUUGGUUGUCCUUAUGAAGGUAAAAUUAAGCCAACAGUUGUAGCAAAUUUAGCUGCAUUUAUGUUAGAAUGUGGUUGUUAUGAAAUUUCUUUAGGAGAUACUAUUGGUGUAGGAUCACCAAAUAAAAUAAAGAAUGUACUAUCUGAAUUAAAUCAUGUAUCAAAUGAUACUAGUAAAUUUGCAAUUCACUGUCAUGAUACUUAUGGACAAGCAUUAGUAAAUAUUUAUGCUAGCCUUGAAUAUGGCAUAAGAACUUUUGAUUCAUCCGUUGCUGGUCUAGGUGGAUGCCCAUAUGCAGUUGGAGCAUCUGGAAAUGUUGCUACUGAAGAUCUACUUUAUUUUUUACAUGAGCAAGGUUUAGAAACUGGAGUAGACCUCAAUAAAAUAAUAAAAAUAGGAGAUUUUAUCAGUAGUCAACUUCAAAGGAGAAACCAAUCUAAAACAGGUAUUGCAAUUCUUACAAAAGAACAUUAAAAAAAAGCUCCUUGUAAUUAUAUGCUUAAAGAAAGCAUCAACAGUAACAAAAAUGUACAUCUUUCUUAA